AUGCCAGCCUUCUCUACCUUACUUCCUGGCGGAUGGUGGACCUGCCGCCUGACUGGAGAGUGCUGUCAGGAUUUGUGCAAUGCACUCUACACCAAUGAGUACCUAAGAGACCUUGACCUCAGUGAUAAUGCCUUAGGGGACGAGGGUAUGCAGGUGCUGUGUGAAGGGCUGAAACACCCCUCUUGCAAACUGCAGACCUUGUGGUUAGCAGAAUGUCAUCUCACAGAUGCGUGUUGUGGAGCUCUUUCCUCUGUCCUCAACAGAAAUGAGAACCUAACAUCGCUAGGCCUAAGUGGAAACGACCUCAAGGAUUUUGGAGUGCAAAUGCUGUAUGAUGCACUGAUUCAGCCAAUAUCUCUUCACCACUGGAAAAGCCAGUACUACUUUUAUGGAUCUUUUGGAGACUUAAUGGAUUCAGAGGUCAAGGCAGGGCCAAGGCUGAGAAUAGUUGAUGUGGACCUCCAGAGGGCUGCCCUCCAAAUUGCCCUCCUCGGCAAAACCUCCUCCCUCAGACCAUCUCUCUUUAUUGCAUUGCCUGAUACUCCUGACAGCAAGAAGAUAGAGGAGAAAAUUCUAAGCAGUGUUGGAAUUCACCUGGAGCCAAGGUCUGGCACCAGCCAUGAGCAUGGACAGGAAAGGCUGUGGAAGGAAUCAGGAAGCAGUGGGAAACUGGCCUGGCUAAGGUACAAUAAUAAUGUUUACAGUCAUUCUGAUACAGGUCAAGUUAAUAUGGUGCAGGUGACCAUCCCAAACAGUGUUGUGAACGUGACCGUUGGAUCUGAUGCUACACUUGUCUGCACCUACACCAGCACUGUGGCCUCCCGGGACAAGCUCUCAAUCCAGUGGUCAUUCUUCCACAAGAAGGACUUACCGCCAGCUUCCCACAGCCCGUGCCUCAAUACUGAGGGUAUGGAGGAAAAGGCAGUCAGUCAGUGUCUAAAUAUGGCGCAUGCAAGAGACGCUCGGGGAAGAUGUAGCUGGACCUCUCAGAUUUACUAUUCUGAAGGUGGACAAGCCGUAGCCAUCGGGCAAUUUAAAGAUCGAAUUGUAGGGUCCAACGAUCCAGAUAACGCAUCUAUCACCAUUUCGCAUAUGCAACCAGCAGAUAGUGGUGUCUACAUCUGUGAUGUUAACAACCCCCCUGACUUUGCCGGAAAGAAUCAAGGCAUCCUCCAAGUCAAUGUGUUAGUCAAACCUUCUAAGCCCUUUUGCAGCAUCCAAGGAAUCCCAGAAACUGGCCAUCCGAUAUCUCUUUCUUGCCUCUCUGUGCUUGGGACACCCUCCCCUGUGUACUACUGGUAUAAACUCGAAGCUGGAGACAUCAUCCCAGUGAAAGAAAACUUCAACCCAGCCACUGGGACUUUGAUUAUUGGAAAUCUGACCAGUUUUGAACAAGGUUAUUACCAGUGCACGGCUAGCAACAACCUUGGCAACAGUUCCUGCGAAAUUGAUCUAACUUCUUCCCAUCCAGAAGUUGGAAUCAUCAUUGGGGCGCUGGUGGGUACCCUAGUGGGUGCUGCCAUUAUCAUCUCUGUUGUAUGCUUCGCAAGGAGCAAGGCAAAGGCCAAGGCAAAGGGGAAGGAGAGGAAGAGAAAUUCAAAAACCAGCACAGAACUUGAACCAAUGACAAAGGUAAACCAGAGUACAGAGCUCGAGGCAAUGCCAGCCGAACACGUUCUCCAACUAGAAGCGACUCUGCCACCUUCUGGCCGGGAGAAUGACCCCGAUACCGUCCUGGGGCCAGAUCACGAGCCUACCCCCGAGCCUGAGUCUGUCCGGGAGCCCGCCCCACAGCCUGCCCCGGGGCCGGAGCCUGUCCCGGUGCCUGAGCUCGAGAUAGAGCUGGAGCCCGAGCCCGAGCCCGAGCCGGAGCCGGAGUCUGAGCCCGAGCCCGGGAUUGUAAUGGAGCCCUUGUGUGACAGGGCAAAGGGAGUGAAUAAGCCAUAG